AUGAAGUCACCACUAAUGCGAACACUCUUCAACACAAAACCAUGUUACCAAAAAACACGUAUAUCCCCAUUUUCCUCCUCGUCACAACUACUCCAACAACUUCUCUCCCAUUCCACCAACCUAACCCAUCUUCAACAAACCCAUUCCUUCAUGCUAAAAACAUGCCUCGACCAAAACGACAUCAACCUCUCCCGUUUCAUUCACAAAUCCGCUUCCCUCGGUUUCCCAAACUACUCCUACUCAAUCUUCACCUCCAAUCACAACCGUCCACUCAACGUCUUUGUCUACAACAACAUAAUCUCAGCACUUUCUUCGACCAACCCGACACGCUCCCUUUCCUUGUUCAAAUUGGUUCGUAAUCUAGGAUUGUCGCUUGAUUCUUACUCUUUGCCUUAUGUUUUAAAAGCCGUUGUUUCUUUGAAAGACGUUGUUUUGGGGAGACAGGUUCAUUGUGUUGGUCUUGUUACUGGGUUGGACUCGGGUUUAUCGACUGUUUGUUCGGUUAUUCAAAUGUAUUCUUGUUGUGGGAAUGAUGUUUCUUCCGCACGGAAGCUUUUUGAUGACUUUGGAGGAAAUGGGUCUGUUUGGAAUGCUAUGAUUGUUGCUUAUGCUAAACUGGGUGAUGUGUGUAAUGCACGGAAGCUGUUUGAUCAAAUGCCUCAAAGGGACAAAGAUGUUGUUUCUUGGACGGCGCUUAUUUCAGGUUACACGCAGAAUCAUAAUCCCGAUGAGGCUAUUAAGUUUUUCCAAAGAAUGCAGCUUGAGAAUGUGAAGCCUGAUGAAAUUGCAAUUUUGGCUGUGCUAUCUGCAUGUGCUGAUUUGGGUGCUCUUCACUUGGGAGAGUGGAUUGACAACUACAUUGAAAACCAUAAAUUGAGCAAGAUUGUUCCUCUUUACAACUCACUCAUAGACAUGUAUGCCAAAUCAGGCAACAUAAGUAAAGCCCUACAAUUGUUUGAGAAUAUGAAACAUAAAACAGUUAUAACAUGGACAACAAUGAUUUCUGGGCUUGCUUUACAUGGUUUAGGAAAGGAAGCCCUUCAUGUAUUUUCUUGCAUGGAGAAAGAGGGUCGAGUCAAGCCAAAUGAAGUCACCUUUAUCGCCAUCCUUUCUGCUUGUAGCCAUGUUGGAUUGGUUGAACUAGGUCGUGAUUAUUUCAUGUCAAUGAGGUCUAGAUAUGGAAUUGAACCUAAGAUUGAGCAUUAUGGCUGCAUGAUUGAUUUGCUUGGGCGAGCUGGCCAUCUUCAAGAAGCGAAAAAAUUGGUUUUGCAGAUGCCCUUUGAAGCAAAUGCAGCUAUAUGGGGAUCACUUCUUGCUGCCUCAACUAGAUGCGGCGAUGCUGAUCUAGCAGAAGAAGCUUUGCGUCAUCUCAUGGUGUUGGAGCCACACCAUUGCGGAAAUUAUUCACUCUUGUCCAGUACAUAUGCUUCACUUGGUAGAUGGAGUGAAUCGUGGAUGGUAAGGAAGGAUAUGCGCAAUGCAGGUGUAGAAAAGGUUCCAGGUGUAAGUUUUAUUGAGUUGAACAACAUAGUAUAUGAAUUCAUUGCUGGAGACAAAUCAAGCAUAUACUUUGUUGACAUAUUUGAUGUCUUGCAUAGCUUAGAUGGGCAACUGAGGCUAGAGGAUCCCUAG